GACCCAACAACCAUGAAUCUUUCUUCGUUCCGCUCUCCUUCCAAGUUGGCUCGCUGUCACUCAAAACUUCCAAGAACCCGGCUCUCAUUGGUCAAGAGCCUCCUGGAACAAACAGUCUGGGCCAAUGGCACGCACUGUUCGACCCGAAGAAGAAACCUCCGCCAAAUGAAUCAAAAGAAUCAAAGGGGCUCUCCCCGUCCACUUCCCCUUUAGUAGCUGGCACCCUCUCCCACCAAGUCAGAAGUGCAUGCAUGUACGUAUUGCAGAGUUCUGGCAGAUCAUGAUGGACUUGGACCCAACCGUGCCAUGAGACCAGGAGCGCCGAGGGAGCCCUUCAAGAAAUGGCUCGUGAAGUGCGAAAGGGACGACCGAAACCAGGUGUAAUGACAACCAUGUUUGUCACGACAUCCUCUUGUGAGAACAACAAUCCAGUCCCCACCGACACGGUGCUGACCAGCUCCAUUCCAGGCCCGGGCCCGGAGCCGGACUCGAACCCAGGCUAUUGGGUCCGAUCCAGUCAUCCUGAUCAGGACUUGGUCAUCGUUCAACUGAAUAAUGCCGUCUCGGAUCAGUAUCAACCUCCAGCCGGUGUGUGGCCUCCAGUAGAGCCACCGGCCCAUCCAGCCUCUUCAGCCGCACAUCAACUCAUCCACGGUCUACCCCCCUCAAAUGGGGCCGUUCACCUCACCAAUCUGGCCCCACCCGACGACGAGUUAGUGGAUGAAGAGGUGACCGAAGAUGGAGAAGACAUUGAGGACGAGGACGAGGGCUAUCGGACCCAUUCUUCCGUCAAUGGCGGCAGUCCCCCUUCGUCUUUGAGCGUGUCCCCGCCCCCGGUUCGGACCGAAACCAUUACUGCCACCACGCCCACGCCAAUGGGCAUGAGACAAAUAUAUCCCCAGCAUUUGACCCAAGAGCAACAACGUUUGAUCCAAGCGGCCAGAAAUGGCGAGGAUAUGGGUCCUGGGAACAGUAGUCUCAUGUGGCUUUUGGAUUUCAAAUUGGACUUCUUCAAUGAGGGUAACAAUCCCCAGAACUAUCAAGCUCAGCAAUACCAUCUCCAACAGCAACACCAGAUUCAACAACAGCAACACCAGCACCAGAUUCAACAACAGCAACAGCAAGAAGAGCAACAACAACUGCAACAGCAACAAGAACAGCUCAUUCAGAGCGGUCAAAUGACCCUAACGGAGGUUCCACAACACCAAUUCUUGCACAUCGAUACCAUGGACCAAGUUGGCAAAGAUGUGCCAACGACGUUCGUCCAACCGGUCAUGUCACCCUCGCACGAUGUGAUUGUAAUGACAUCGCAAAGUCCGAUGGAGCCCACUCAAACCACCUCGCUGAGUCCGGUCCAAUGUGUAUCUCCGACCUCUCUUUCACCUAAAUCUGUUGCCAAACCCAAUCCUGCGCCGAUUCCUCACCAACCCAAUGGAAUUAAGUCUCAAGCACCCUGUGAGAUCAAGUCGCCUUUGAAGGAAUCCGAGAGGAGUUCCAAGAAACCUCCAUACACUUACACAGAAUUGAUCACCCAAGCCUUGAAAGACAAAACAGCGUUGACCGUCUCCGGGAUAUAUCUUUGGAUCAUAGAUAAAUACCCGUACUUCAAGGCCGAGGAUGACAGAUGGAAAAAUUCCGUUCGCCACAACUUGUCCAUGAACCCUCAUUUCCGCAAAGGCGACAAGUCCAAACACGGGGCGGGACAUCUGUGGGUUUUGGCCGACUACGAAGAGGAUCCCAACGAGCCAGGGGUCCCGGCAGAUCAUUCGUCCGAAGAAGAGGAAGAAGAGGAUGAGGCUGCUCGAGCGGUGCGAACCAUCCUUGGACAAGAGGCCUCCAAUGUCACCAGUGCUGUGGAGAACGCGACAAUGGACGGGUCCUCUCUGACUCCUGAAUUGACAAGAUCGGGCGAGUCCAAUAAAGAGAAUCAGCAUUUCCUAAGAUCAAAUCCCGACUCGAGUCAAGGCUUGCCUGAGAGCUUGCAACAAACGAUCGCUGAUAUUAAGAGGAAAUGUAUGAAAAGACCUCGACCUUCAGGGUCAGUUCCUAGCCCUGUUCCCUCGACUCGGGCCAGACGGUCUCAAACUCAAAACGGUCCCAGUAUGGACGUCCGAUACGUGAGCCCGGCCAAACUUGGUCAAAGCGCCCAAGAAUCAUUUGCUCAAGCUCCCGUGGCUGCUCCGCCUAAGCGAGUUCUGGUCAUUCCCACCCCAGUUGAAGGCGUGUCCUCAGCCCCCACCACAUUUUCCCCCAUGGAGCAAAUUGAGGAUUUAUCAUAUUGCUACGAUCACGAAGAUGUGGCCACCAUAGAAAAGGCUUUAGGCAUCGACUUCCACGAACCGGGAGCCCAACGACAACUUUUGGCCAAAUAGUUUCCAGAUCCGUCCUGUUUUACUUGAAAGAAAUUCCGUGACAUUUCCCACCUUUUUUCUCCUUUAAUUUCGAGCAACACCAAAGAGGCACCUGAUUCCAUGAAUACAAAUCAUGCAUGUGUAUAUAAUCCAUUGCACUGGUUUAUAAGUCCAUUUUUGAUGUUCAAAAAUGUGUAGGAAUGAGGUAUGUGAGCAAUAAGAAAAAAGAUGACCCUAGUGUCCAACUAUCGUUUGGCUCCAAUAUGAACGAACGACUUGAAAUCUUCAAGCCAUCCGCCAGACUGGAGCUAGCCAAUAUCAGUCCACAACACAAUCAGCAGCUGCUUCCAAUUCCAAUCCCGAAGACUAAGUUCUAUUCCUCAAUACUUCCUUUCCCUUUCCUCCAUUUCUUCCUCCCUUUUUGAGCACCCUUUCUACCCAAUUUCCAUGCAUCAUUCAGCGAUUUCAGUUGUUGAUCUAAAUAGCAUCACAGAAUACGAUCCAUCGCAAAGCAUUUCCUUCUAAUAUCACUCUUUUUCAACAAGUAUUUUGUCAAAACAACAACUCUUUUCUAGAUCCGUUCUUGUAUGAUGAUAAUUCAUGUGUGUGUGCCCAAUAGCAUUGUUGUACUAAAUGCUAGCUACCAUCUUUGCGUCAAUUCAGUAUUUGCGUGUAAAUAACCAAUCCCAAAAUGAAUAACAAGUGCCCCAGUGCCAACCAGUUCCAAUUCCGUGGCCAUUGUCCAGAUAUUUUGUCCUCAUCUUUUGAUGACUAGCAUUUUGUAAUAUUCUAGUCCAAUUAGUCAUUCAUCAAUCGUCAACCACUCCAGUUAUCCUUACUUAUGGAAUAAAUAUUGAAAUAUGUGAA